AGUGAAUAAAUGCUUGAGGAUCUGUCGUCUGUAACCCCAGGGAUCUUUGUCGAGGAAUGUUAAUUGCGUUGCUUCCUGACGCACGAUCAUUCGAACUGUUGACAUCUGCAAUCCCAAAGUUAGGAAUGUGGCUGCCACGGACUGUCAGCAUAAUUCCGCUUGAGGAAGAUGACACCUCUUGGCAAGUCUUGUCUUUGUUCUCAGCUCCCUGUGGGGUAUUUGGGGUAUUUUCUCAGCAGAACUGGAGACGGAUGUGGAAUUACAUGUAGUCAUUUGCUGUUGACAAGUUUAGUGUUGCACGCGGAUAAUCCAAAUGCUCAAGGCGAAGGGAUGGAACCGCGUCUGUUUGUGUGGGGAUGAGAUAGAGCUGCAAAAAAGUAUACAGUAAACAACAAGUGUAGGCUCCAGUAAGGAUAGACUCAGCAGGCGACACUUCCAUAAGUGACUCUUGUGUUGAAGAUGGUCUUAUCGUGUCGGUCUUGGCGUUCUCGGGUCGAUCUCCCUUGGCUUCUCCAACUCCGCUCUGUCACUGUCUUCAUGUAUUCAUAGGCUGAGCUAUGCGUCGCCCAGACCUGAGUCCUUCACUUCUUCAUCCUGCGAACUAUGACAAUGACGCCUCGUCAUUGCGGUCGCCCUCCGAGCAGGACUCCGACUCCGACGACGAUGCCCUCCUUCAUCAGAACCGCAGUACCUUGGAGAUUGCAGAGCACGACCGCGCGGUCCUGGAAGAGGAGGAGGAGUUAGAGAAUCUCUUAACCAGGCGAGGCGCUGGACAGGGGCUGCGGAGGAUGUUCAGCCCGCAUAGUGCCAGUGUGAGAAUCGGGAAAAAGAACAAGGAGCGCCGACCGCGGAGGAAUUCCCGCCGGGAGAGAGUCAGCGAGGAUGGUGAAUUGAUGUACGAGAUGGAGGAAGGGAUUGGCGAUGACAAUGCCUCUCUAUUGAGCGGGUCGUCGUUGGAUUUGGAUGGGAAGGACGAGUACACAUAUGACCCGCCUACGCGGCCUUCAUGGAAAAAGUUCUUGUUCAUUGGUGCCCUCGUCGUCAUACUCUUCUUCAUCCUCGUCCUUGGGGCGUACAAAGCCUCAAGUGACUUCCGAGCUUCUCGCGCCCAGCCUAUACCCGUGCUCUCGAAUGGCACCGCACUCUUCGCGCCUACCACGAUCGUUAUCUCACUCGAUGGUUUCCGAGCCGACUUCCUCGACCGCGGCCUGACCCCUGCGCUCAACUCCCUUAUCGCGAAUGGCGUCUCCCCGCAAUACAUGACCCCCAGCUUCCCGAGUGUCACCUUCCCGAACCAUUUCACGCUCAUGACCGGGCUAUAUCCCGAGAGCCACGGAGUUGUGGGAAAUACAUUCUGGGAUCCGGAGCAUGAUGAGGAGUUUAUCUCCACUCAUUCAUCUAUCAGCAUGCAGCCCAAGUGGUGGAAUGCUGAACCGCUCUGGGUUACAGCUGAAAAGCAACGUGUGAAGACUGCCAUUCACAUGUGGCCCGGAUCAGAGGCACACAUCUCAGACAGGGAGCCAAGUAUUGUUGACAAAUACAAUGCGACAGAAGAAUUGUCCCGCAAGGUUAAUCGAGUUUUGGAACUUUUGGAUCUCCCAGGCCUUGAGAAUGAGUCGCAGGUGGAACCUGAGCGCCCGCAGUUUAUCGCAGCCUACGUCCCAAAUGUGGAUAGCCACGGGCAUAAAUUUGGACCCAACAGCACUGAGAUUCGGAAGACAAUAAGUCGAGCGGAUAGCAUGGUUGCCGACAUCAUGGCUGGUCUUGCUCAGCGAAACCUGACAGAUGUGGUCAAUAUUGUUGUUCUAUCAGACCAUGGGAUGGCUACGACAUCCACAGAAAGAGUCGUCCAACUAGACGACCUCAUUGACUACAAUCUGAUUGAACACCGCGACGGGUGGCCAUCUAUUGGUAUUCGCCCGAAGCGGCCAGAAGAUCUGCCAAUCCUGCAAGCACAACUGGAGAAGGUAGCCCCAGAUUGGGAGCAUGCGUUCGAGUUCUACACAAAGGAGACAAUGCCGGAGCGCUAUCACUUCUCGAACAACGACCGCAUUGCACCACUGUGGGUCAUUCCGAAGACAGGCUGGGCCAUUGUCGAUCGGUCAGAAUGGGACGUCGAGGCAGCUUUGAAGACUGGGGAAGCUUAUUACCCCAGAGGUAUUCACGGUUAUGAUCAUGAGCAUCCGUUGAUGCGUGCCAUUUUCAUUGCGCGUGGUCCAGCUUUCCCGCAUCAGCCUAAUAGUCGAGUUGAAGUGUUCCAAAACACCGAGGUGUAUAAUAUUCUUUGCGACUCACUGGGCGUAGACCCUCGUCCGAGCAAUGGCACUCUGCGUCUGCCAUUUAAGCCCAUCGGGCGCCAUUCCGACGAAGAUGCUCCAGUCCUGGAUACACCUCCUGAUCCACCAGCUCUGGUUCAGACUUCUGCAACAGUAGAACCCUCAACAUCGGCACUGGCACCAGCGCCACAACCUAUCACUCCAUCUGAGACACCACCUGCUACCGACAAUGAUAAAGAUAAUGACAGUGACAAUGAUAACGGUACAACCUGGUGGGACUCAGUUUGGGACAAAUUAGAUGAUUUCAAGCAUUGGGCUGGCGGUGUUGCUGAUGCUAUCAAGGGUAAUCACCCAGAGUCUCAGGGCUGA